GUUGAGGUCGCAAUUGUUAUGACCGUUUCAGAAGCGGUGAAACACGCGAUAUCAAGGAAACCAUACGAAGAAGCACAUGUGGAAUUGGUUGCACAGCGCGAUUAUGGACUGAGCGGAGCCGAACUGACGAUUGGUCUUUUCUUGACCGAAGUGGUGCUGUGUUCCUUAGAGGAAGUUCGUAGUGUUGAACUGAUUUCGGCUGAUUUUCAUUUCACGAAACAGAGAACGCAAAAGAUUGGAGUUGGGGCCAUAUUCAAUUCCGAGCUACCUAUAGAGCAGAUUGAUCUGGUCGAGGAGGUCGUUAAGAUUCAAUCAGUUUGUGACAUCUCUAUUGUUUUACCCUACUCUUCACGUAUGCGUUGUACUGUCGGCGUUUUUCCGAUGGGUUUUGAAGCAUUUGAGAAGGAGUGCUGUAUUGCUCGAGUUCCGUGCGAGGAAUAUGCGUCUUCACUGUUACCGCAACAAGUGCAAGCAUAUGUGGAUGUUUCGAUUUGCGAGAUUGCGCCAACGAUAAUGCUGACUGUUCCUGAUCGAACCAUACGUGAUCGUUCGCCGACUGGCGUUGUCGUCGAAUUAGAGAUCGAAGCUGGUCAAGAGGUAGCGAACACUGAAGUCAUAGUGGAUAUGAUGACCGAUAAUUUCGACGAAGCAUCACUUGAAAUCCCUGAAUUCAGUUCAGAUGUUCUGGAUGUGGAUGUUUCCAUGGAAGCGAUUAUGGAAGAAGAAGAUAUCGAGGCAGUGGGUCCAAUAUUCUAUACACAGUUGAUCGAUUUGGCUGUGCAGAUGCCAACGGCAGUGGCUGCCGUAAGUCGAUUGAUCGAGGAGGUGAAAUUACGUGUAUUAGAGGCAGAUGCUGAGGUGAAGUUAGCUGUGAGCACAAGGGCAGAAAUGCAGCAAUUGCAUCUGAAGUUGGCGAAAGUCGAACGUGAAUUCAUCGAGAAAUAUACAGAUAUGGAAGCACUCGCGAAAAAGACCAAGACAAGAGGCGGCAGUGAAGACUGA